UAUUUUCUGCUUCUCUUCCAUUUGGGCUGCGGAAGCUCUCAGUGCAGCUUCCCCGCUACUUCCUCUCUCUCUCUCUCUCUCUCUCUCUCUCUAAGCUGGACUCUCUCUCUCUCCCCUAAUUUUUGGGUAGAAAGAUUCGUCGGUUACUUCUUCUUCAUAUGAUCGGAUCAAGAAAUAUGAUGUGGGGUUUGGUUUAGAGAUCAUUUAUCAAAACCUUUUCUGGGUGUAAGAGAUGGUUGCGGAAUCGUGGUUUCGCAGUCUUUGGAAGACUAAAAGGAAGCAUGAGGGGCCUGAGAAAGCAGUGGUUGGAGUUUUGGCCUUUGAAGUUGCAAGCUUGAUGUCUAAGCUGGUCCAUCUAUGGCAAUUUCUGAGUGAUAAACAGGUUACUAAGCUAAGAGAAGAAAUCACAAAUUCAGUGGGUAUAAAAAAGCUUGUGUCAGAUGAUGAUGACUUCAUUGUAGGGUUGAUAUGCGCCGAAUUGAUUGAGAAUAUGGUCCGCGUGGCAAAAUCUGUGGCCAGGCUUGCCAAAAAUUGUACUGAUCCUACAUUGAAGAGUUUUGAGAAUGCUUUUACUGAGUGGAUCAAUAAUGGUAUUGACCCUUAUGGAUGGGAAUUUUCAUGGAAGAAGAUGGAAAGGAAAGCUAAGAAGAUGGAGAAGUUCAUUUCAGCAAAUGCAAAUUUGUAUGAAGAGAUGGAAGUGCUUACCGAGCUUGAACAAAAUUUGAGGAGAAUGAAGGGAAAUGAUGACUUAGAUGGUGUGAAUUUGCUUGAGUUUCAGAAGAAGGUAGUGUGGAAGCAGCAGGAGGUGAAGAAUUUGAAAGAGGUCUCUCUGUGGAACGGGACUUAUGAUUACAUAGUCCUCCUAUUGGCAAGAUCUCUCUUCACAAUGUUCAGUAGGAUCAAUCAUGUCUUUGGAAUUCAACAGAUGAUUGAUGCUGGUGAUACCAAAGAUUCUGGAAUUAUUAAUUCUGAUCACAUUAAUCGUAGCAAUUCAGUUUCUGCAUUAAUGCAAUCUUCAGUCCGUCCACCUAAGAAUGGUCUUCCAAGAUUUGCUUCAGGCCCCCUUGGGAGGUUUAGUGCUAUAUCAGGGCCAAUAUCGGAAACAAAUAAAACCAACAUUUGCUAUUCAGGUCCUCUUGGUGACUCAAUUACAAAAUCAGGCCCCAUUUCGGGAAAGAAUAGAGAUGUCAACUUUUUUUCAGGCCCUCUUGGGAGGUCAACAACGAAGUCAGGCGCAAUUGCUGCAACGAAUAGAACCAUCAGGAAGUUGUGGAAUCACUCACACACUAAUCAUGGGAAGAAAUCACACACAAAGUCCAAUAGGUUGACUCAAGUUGGACCUUUCAAAGGAUGCAUGAUAACUUCAAACAAUUCACCCGUCACCAAUUGCUACUUGAGUUCAAAUGAUGUUCGUUCAGCAAUUCUCAAUGUAGCCAGAGAUGCCAAUGCAGACAUUCUAGCUUCUGGCAACAAAAGUCAUCCUAGUUCAUCAAUCUUCAGUUCCAAGCACAGGUUGUUGGAUGCCCCACCUGAAACCCUUGGUGCUGCUGCCUUAGCACUGCACUAUGCAAACGUUAUCAUCGUAAUUGAGAAGUUAGUUGCAUCUCCUCACUUGAUUGGUCUUGAUGCGAGAGAUGACCUGUACAAUAUGCUGCCUGCGAGUGUGAGAGCUACAUUAAGGGCCAGACUAAAGCCGUACAGUAAGAGCUUGACUUCAUCAGUUUAUGAUACAGUUCUUGCUGGAGAGUGGAAUGAGGCAAUGACAGGAAUAUUAGAGUGGCUGGCACCUCUUGCUCAUAAUAUGAUAAGAUGGCAAUCCGAGAGGAGUUUUGAACAGCAAAGCUUGGUUUCCAGGACACAUGUGCUUUUGGCACAAACCCUUUACUUUGCAAAUCAACAAAAGACAGAAGCAACAAUAACAGAGCUGCUUGUUGGGUUGAAUUAUGUCUGGAGAUUUGGCAGAGAAGUCAAUGCAAAAGCUCUAUUAGAGAGUGGUAGCAGUAGAAUCUAUGAUGAAUUUUUGGAUCUGGAUGGGUAGUAUAAUUUUCAGAUCACGGCAAUUACCAAAUCAUUUUCACAACUAACCACAUUAAGCAAAUGCUUUUGCCUGGCUAGUAGAUGAAAUUCCCGAAUGCUAUUGGACAGAUUGAUCAUUGCUUGGUCCCGGAGAAACAACCACUACUUUCAAUAUGAUUGUAUUAAAGGCAUCCUUGUGUAAGUUAAAAGGUAGAGACAGAGCUUCCGAACAUUCUUUCUUUUGGUGAGAGUUCAAGCCACUGGAAUCGGCUCCUCUAUUCUUUUAUUUGCACAGCAUGGAUUGCCGUAUUUACUUAAGCUGUGUACCGUGUAUAUUUCAUCCGCUAUACGUUUUUAAUAAUUGAUUGUAAAUCUAGUAUAGAAGUUCUCUCCAUGUCU